AUGGCUCGGACAGAUGCAGAGACACUCACGCAGCUCCGAGAACAGAUCCAGCAGUUGACGGCGGCUGUGCAAGCCAUCGCCCUCAAGCAGGAAGAAUACAUCAAUGUCCAGCAACAAGAAAAAUACGACAGCGAACAAGACAAUCCAUUGGAAGAACAUGCCGAAAACGAUAUCAUUGAACUAGUUCCGGAGUUUCACGGCGGAGAAUCGGCCGAGAAACUCCUCGACUGGAUCGCCACGGUCGAAGAGACCCUUGAGUGCAAACGCGUAUCCUUUGAGCGAUGCGUUUCCAUGAUAACCGUGCGAUUCCGUGGCUCAGCAGCAGCUUGGUGGGCGAAAGAAACGGCGUCUCGGGAACGUUUGGGAAAACCUAGAAUCUUGUCGUGGGAUAAGUUGAAGAAGAAGAUGCGUAAGAGCUUCUUGCCAGUCAACUACGACCAUGUGGUGUACCAACGCUUUGACAACUUGAAACAAGGAUGGCUAUCACCAGUAGAAGAGUAG